CCCAAGUUGUGAAGAGGCCUCAGGCAACGAUAGCGGCGACGGCGAAACCUCGGAGCUCGCAGGGCGGGGGCAAGGCCCGGGCCUUGGAGAUGGAGAAUUCCCAGUUGUGUAAGCUGUUCAUCGGCGGCCUCAACGUGCAGACGAGUGAGUCGGGCCUGCGCGGCCACUUUGAGGCCUUCGGGACUCUGACGGACUGCGUGGUGGUGGUGAACCCCCAGACCAAGCGCUCCCGUUGCUUCGGCUUCGUGACCUACUCCAAUGUGGAGGAGGCCGACGCCGCCAUGGCCGCCUCGCCCCACGCCGUGGACGGCAACACGGUGGAGCUGAAGCGGGCGGUGUCCCGGGAGGAUUCGGCGCGGCCCGGUGCCCACGCCAAGGUUAAGAAGCUCUUUGUCGGGGGCCUUAAGGGAGACGUGGCCGAGGGCGACCUGAUCGAGCACUUCUCGCAGUUCGGCACCGUGGAGAAAGCCGAGAUCAUUGCCGACAAGCAGUCCGGCAAGAAGCGCGGCUUCGGCUUCGUGUAUUUUCAGAAUCACGACGCGGCAGACAAGGCCGCGGUGGUCAAGUUCCACCCGAUCCAGGGUCAUCGCGUGGAGGUGAAGAAGGCCGUGCCCAAGGAGGAUAUCCACUCCGGAGGGGGCGGAGGCGGCUCCCGGUCCUCCCGGGGCGGCCGAGGCGGCCGGGGGCGCGGCGGUGGUCGAGACCAGAACGGCCUGUCGAAGGGCGGCGGCGGCUACAACAGCUACGGUGGUUACGGCGGCGGCGGCGGCGGCGGCUACAAUGCCUACGGAGGCGGCGGCGGCGGGUCGUCCUACGGUGGAAGCGAUUACGGUAACGGCUUCGGCGGCUUCGGCAGCUACAGCCAGCACCAGUCCUCCUACGGGCCCAUGAAGAGUGGCGGCGGCGGCGGCGGCGGCGGCAGCAGCUGGGGCGGUCGCAGUAACAGUGGACCUUACAGAGGCGGCUAUGGCGGUGGGGGUGGCUAUGGAGGCAGCUCCUUCUAAAGAAAAUUUAAAAAUGUCUGGGAGCGGCUAUAGGGGUAGCUCUUUUCGACAGCCCGACUAGGGUCAAUUCCUAAGUCCCUUUCCCUCCCACCGCCUUCCCCAUUUGCCCUUGGGGGAGCCUCUUUUGAGGCUGCUUACUCUUGGGGGUGUUGCCCUGUUUGCCUGCCACCUCUUGUCUCUCCCUCUGAAGAUGGACUCGGCCCCACACACACAUUUUUGUGUUACAGUCAUUGAUGGACUCUAUUUUUUUAUUAUUACUUGGACCUUGGUCGUUUUUAUACUAGCAAAACGUCUUGUUUUAAUUUGUGUUUUUUUGGGGGGAGGGAGUGAACUUGCUGAUUCUGUAGCAAAACCUGGG